AUGACCAAGUUCCAAUCUGCCCUGGCCCUUUUGGCCACAGUCGGCGCCUUGCCGAGCGCCCUCGCUCACUACAACUUUGAGCGUCUUAUUGUCAACGGUAACGACACUGGCCCCUACGAAUACGUUCGAAGAACUACGAACUCCAAUGGCCCAAUCGAGGAUGUAACUUCCCUCAGCAUGGUUUGCAACCAGGGAGGCCUUGAUGCGGACAUCAUGGCGGCUACCAAUAUUCAUACUGUCGCUGCCGGCGAUGAAGUGGGAUUCGGCAUGAACGAGUACAUCGGUCAUCCUGGUCCUACCGCUGUUUACAUGAGCAAGGCUCCUGAGGGAGUCAGCGCUGCCGAGUACAAAGGCGACGGUGACUGGUUCAAGGUUUACGACCUGACCUACCGCUACAUUGAUAAGGAUUAUGGCCCACAAUGGGGUAACUAUGUCAGCAAAGAGGACAUUGGCGUCCGGAACUUCACUUUCAAGCUCCCGGACCAGCUGCCCCCUGGUGACUACCUCAUGCGCGGUGAGCAUGUUGCGUUGCACGCCGCUGGUGACUUUGGCAAAGCCCAGUUCUACAUGGGCUGUGCUCAGCUGCGCGUCACUGGCUCUGGUACUGGAACUCCUGAGCCACUGGUCAAGAUCCCCGGUGUUUACACCGGCCGCGAGCCUGGUAUCCUGAUUGGCAUCUUCUGGCCCCCCCCGCAAAACUACACUGUCGCCGGCCCCCCUGCUUGGCCCAAUGGCUGCGAAGAUCACACUGUCAACCUUAACGGCCAAGAGAGUGAUGGAGACUGCUCUCCCACCACAGUCCCUGCCGGUGUGACUGCAGCUGUUCCCUCCACAGGUGCUCCCACCGCCACCGCCGUUGUGCCGUCCAGUUCUGCUUCCGAGGCCCCCGUUACCACAUCUGUCGUCCCUACGCCCAGCGCAAGCGCUUCCGCCUCCCAGCAGCCUAGCGUCGAAGUUCCUGUGCCUAGUGCCAACGCGACAGUCCCCGGGGCCAACACCUGCGCAGAGAAGGCUGCCCGUCGUCGCGCAAUGCGAGCUCGCCGUGCUCACUUGCACUAA